GAGAUGCUAGUGCUAGGGCCUAGGUAGGGAACCUUAAUUAGAGAAGCAACCAAUUCCACCAUAAACGAACCAAAAGUCUUCAUAGCUAUAUAUAUAUAUAUAUAUAUUAACCUUAGAACGAAUUGAAGAGGCUAAGAUAGAUAGAUAUCAUGGGAAGACAACCUUGUUGUGACAAACUUGGGGUGAAGAAAGGGCCAUGGACAGCUGAGGAAGACAAGAAGCUCAUCACCUUUAUCCUCAGCAAUGGCCAAUGUUGUUGGCGUGCCCUGCCCAAGCUCGCCGGACUCCGCCGUUGCGGCAAAAGCUGUCGCCUCCGUUGGACUAAUUACCUUAGGCCAGACUUGAAGAGAGGCCUUUUAUCACAAGAUGAGGAGCAAUUGGUUAUUGAUCUCCAUGCUAGGCUUGGCAACAGGUGGUCCAAAAUUGCUUCAAAGUUGCCAGGAAGGACUGAUAAUGAGAUUAAGAAUCAUUGGAACACCCAUAUUAAGAAAAAGCUCAUCAAGAUGGGAAUUGACCCUGUUACACAUGAGCCUCUCAUCAAGGAUACUACAAAUCCCACAAGUGAUAAGGGAAAUGGUCAGCUGCAGGUACAAGUUGUACCAGAGGGUACACCUCCCACAGCACCCAACUUAUUAACUUCAGAAGACCUCAGCUCUUCAUGCUCCACAAGUGAAAACUCUUCAAUUACUAGUACUAAUGAUGAGUCCCAGCUGGUUCUUGACACCAUGAGUGUCAAUGAUCCUCUACUUAGCUCCCUACUUGAAAACAAUGCACCUCCGGUGGAUUUGACGUGGAAUCUUUCCGAUGAUCAUAUGAUUUUUGACAAUCUUACCAUCCCAAAAUUAGACGAAAAUUUCGCUUGGCUAAUGGACGGUCAAGAUUUUGACAUCCAUGAUUUUGGAUAUGAAUGCUCCAACAACCUUGAUGUGAAUAUUUUAAGUACUGUAAAUACGUAGAAUAAUGUACAAUAAAUUAAUCAAAACGAUAAAUUUCUAACAUGCAACAAUCCUUUUAAAAAUGGAUUGAAGUUAGGUCUUUAUACUUCCAAAUAAUAUUGUUGUAUAAAGUUAUUAUAUGAUAUAUAAAUGGCUGAAUUAGA